AAGUUUUUAUAUUCGACAGCUGUAGUUGUCAACACAUUUGUUUCAAGAUAUUCUUUUGAUUUUAUUCAAUUUUAAGUAAUCAUGGCGUCCGUACAUUGUCAACUUUGGAUGGGAAGCCUGGAAUCGUAUAUGACGGAGAACUUUAUAAUUGCUGCAUUUCGCAAGAUGGGCGAGGAUCCCACCACAGUCCGCCUGAUGCGCAACAAAUACACCGGCGAACCGGCCGGCUACUGCUUCGUCAAUUUUGUAUCGGAUGACCAUGCGCUGGACGCGAUGCACAAGCUGAACGGGAAGCCCAUUCCCGGCACCAAUCCCAUAGUGCGAUUCCGUCUCAACUCGGCAAGCAAUUCAUACAAAUUGCCUGGUAACGAGCGCGAAUUUAGUGUCUGGGUGGGUGACCUUAGCUCAGAUGUGGACGACUAUCAGCUGUACAAGGUCUUUUCCAGCAAAUUUACCUCUAUCAAGACGGCCAAAGUGAUUUUGGACAGUCUGGGCUUCUCAAAGGGCUACGGCUUCGUGCGGUUCGGCAUCGAGGAUGAGCAGAAGUCUGCUUUGUACGAUAUGAAUGGCUUUAUCGGACUUGGUACCAAACCCAUUAAGAUCUGCAAUGCUGUUCCGAAGCCAAAGUCGGAGUUAGGUUCUACUUUAGGAGAAGGGAGCACCACUUAUGGUUAUGGUGGCUCCGCUUCCACAGGCGGAACAGACUACUCACAGUACUACGAUCCCACUAGCUCCUACUGGCAAGGAUACCAAGCUUGGCAGGGUUACUACGAGCAGGCAGGUCCCUCUAUCACAGAUGCUGCAGCAUACUACCAACAGGCCAUGUCGCAGUCUCAUUCCAAUCCGCAGACCCUUGCCCAGCACGCCGAAGCCUGGAGCGCUCAACGCAGUGCGCAGUACGAACAACAGCAGUCUGCCGCUAACGGAGCCGAUGAUGUUUACGGACAGGUGGAGCACAAAUUUGUCCUUGACGUGGAAAAGUUGAAUCGCGAGGCUAUUGACGCCGACCGCCGCUUUUAUGACGCUCUGGAGAGCUCCAAGUGGCUGCCCAUUGAACAGCUUGAAGUAUUUUAGGUUCCUGAUCUGAAAUGUACCUUUUAUAAUUAUAGCUUAGUUUUUAGCGUAAAAUAGAAGAGACAGUCUCAUAUGAUUUUACCUUGAGCUGUAUUUCUUAAAAAUCAUAAUGUUUUUUAAAUUUAUUCGAACAAAUUUGGUAUAUUUUACAUUUAAGAAUUGUUUCAUUUAUUUUUUUUAUAAACAAAUAACAAAACAGUCAUCUAAAUGAAUGAUUAUUUCUUAAACCUUACAGUUUAUUUCGGUGCGACAAUUAACAUCUUUUAUAUUUUUAAUAAAUCUUCAAAAACUUUUGGUAAAUCA